UCUUUCUUGCGGCGGCUCUUACCGCCACCAUGAUCUUCUUGCUGGCCCUGUUUGCUAGCAUCUUUCAAACAGCUUUCACCGGUCUGAGUGAACGCACCUUCCUGGCCAUCAAGCCAGAUGGGGUACAGCGGCAUCUGGUAGGCGAGAUCAUCCGGCGCUUUGAGAAGAAGGGCUUCAAAUUGGUGGGAAUGAAACUCGUGCAGGCUUCCGAAGACCUGUUGAAGGAACAUUACAUCGCUCACCGCGAACGCCCUUUUUACAGCCGCCUAGUGAAAUAUAUGAGCUCGGGACCUGUCGUGGCCAUGGUCUGGCAGGGACUGGAAGUCGUGAAGGCGGCUCGCACGAUGAUUGGCGAAACAAACCCGGCAGAUUCCAAGCCUGGAACGAUCCGGGGAGACUUCUGCGUUGAAGUCGGCAAGAAUGUGAUUCACGGAAGCGAUUCGGCGGAGAGCGCCCAGCGAGAGAUCGCGCUCUGGUUCCAUGCAGACGAGUUGACUUGCUGGGAGGACAGCACGGAGCGCUGGGUUUACGAGUAAAGAAAGGAGCGGCGGAAACGCGGCUCUUCCCGCUGUCACUCGGGUGCCGAACCAACCCGUUCGUUCCCAUUUCAGCUUCUCUGGAAUUUCACUGGACUCCUGGUUUUCGGUCCUUCCUUUGAAUAGAUGGGGAGAGGAAAGGAUACUCUAAACUUGAAAGAACAGAUCUCCUGAGUUUGAAGCUCCCAGUAUUGUAGCACAGCCUUCCUCAAUCUUGCACCCUCCAGAUGUGUUGGGAUUACAACCCUCAUCAUGCUAGCUGGGGAUGAUGGGAGUUGUGAUCUGGAGGAUGCCAGAUGCAGGGAAGCUGUUGUAGCCUUUUAGUGCAAUAUUAAUGAGACGUCCCUGCGCUAUGAAGGAGAUGGGCAAAAGUACAGGCCGGAGGAAUUCCAAUCCUCUCUUCUUUUUCGAAUGUAUUUUUUGCAGGCUUUCUGACGCUGCCUUUCAGUGCUGCAAAGAACACCCUGCUUGGCUGUGUCA